AUGUGUGUAAAGUUAAACGCUUCGAAUCUAUACAAGGUAUAUUCUUUCAAGGAGGCCCAUAAUCACUAUUUUGUUGCUGAAGACGAUAGGCGUUUACUCCCCGCUAACCGAGGUAUGAACUACAUGCAAGAGCAAGCUGUUAACGCGUUGAGCGCCUUGAAUAUUGGACCAGUCAAAGCCUUUAAUAUCACGAGGACACUAUAUGGUGGGUUUAACAAGGUUGGGGUAACCAAAAACGAUUUUAAAAAUUUUAAACGAGAUCUGAACAGGUAUAUAUUUGAGUUUGACGCUGAUAUGAUGUAUAAACGGCUAUUGAGGAAGAAAGAGUACAUGCCAAACUUUUCAAUGGAGUAUAUAACCACAGAAGAUGGUAUAUUAAGGGCGUUGUUUUGGGCCGAUGAAGAUGCCAAAAGGAAUUUUUCGGUGUUUGGUGAUGUUGUUUCAUUUGAUGUGACAUAUCGGCGUAACAAGUACAAAAUGAUGUUUAUUCCAUUUUUUGGUAUCGACAACCACAAUCGUAAGGUUACUCUUGGUGCCGCUAUAAUAGUUAACGAAAUGGCUGAAACUUACAGUUGGUUGCUUAAGGUGUUUCGUGAAGCAUUUGGUCAUGCCCCUCCGGUGAUUGUCACCGACCAAGACCCAUCCAUGAAGAAGGCUAUUGAAGAUCCAUGGACUGAGAUUAGGCAUAUGCUAUGCAUGUGGCACAUUAUGGACAAGCUUAUUACUAAGGUGUUGGUGCUACAAUCUGCAAUAGUACAGAUUUCAAAAAAGAGGUUGUGUGCCAUUGUGUGGACUGAUUCAAUUCUACCUGAGCAGUUUGAAAGUGAUUGGGCUACCAUAAUGAACGAUUUUAACUUGGUCGAUCAUGAGUGGCUGCAAUAUGGGCAUAACGUACGUACUUGCAAAAAACCUAAAUGGAGUAAAGAAGAUGCUAGUUCCGAGGAGGGCGGUGAAGAAGCCGAUGAAGGUGACGAGGAGGAAGCCGUCUGGGAAGAAAUUGAAGAAGCUCUUGAUGAACAAGAUCAGGACGAAGAAGACGAGGAGGAUAGAGAAGAGGAUUAG